AUGACGUUUGCAAUCUUACUCAUACAAAUGCUACGAAUUUGUGAUUCGUUAUCCGAUUUGGAACGGCAAAGUGCACAAGAGUUGAGAGACAAUAAAAAGGCGUUAAUGAAAUCACUCGGACUGCAGUAUGUACCUCGAACAGUUCCGAUACAAAGCGACCUUCUUUUGCGAAGAUACUCGGCCCCCAAGUUUAUGAUGGGCUUAUUUAAGGAAGUGAGUUACGAUGUGAACCGUACUGAUCAACAUUACGAAAUCGAAAGGAAGUUUUUGGACGAGAAUAAAGUGGACACGGUGAUCAGCUUUUUCAAAUACG